AUGUCAAUCAUUCGUCAAGCCAUUAGACCAACUUUAAGAUCUGUCACAUCUAAAAGAAUUGCCAUUACUGCCUUACGUUAUAAUUCAACUGUUGUUGAAAAAGCUCCAGUUGAUGCUAAAAUCACCACUAUAGUUGAUCAAAUUUCUACUUUAACCCUUUUGGAAACUUCACAAUUAAUUAAUGAAUUAAAAGAAAGAUUAAAUAUUUCUGAUAUUUCAUUACCUGCUGCUGGAGCUGGAGCUGCCCCAGCUGCUCAAGCUGCUCCAGCUGAAGAAGAAGUUAAAGAAGAAGUUGAAGAAAAGACUAUAUUUUCAAUUAAAUUGGAAUCUUUUGAUGCUAAAUCUAAACCAAAGAUUAUUAAAGAAGUUAAAGGUAUGUUAGGUUUAUCUUUGGUUGAAUCUAAGAAAUUCGUUGAAAGUGCUCCAAAGGUAUUGAAAGAAAAUGUUACUAAAGAAGAUGCUGAAAAGAUCAAAGCUACUUUGGAAGGUUUAGGUGCUAAAAUUACUUUAGAAUAA